AUGACUGUACAACCAUCACUAACGGUCAAAGCGGUGAAGAAGCAACUCCGCAACCAGAUCAAAUCUAGUCUUAAAUCUGUGACCCAAGAAUCACUAAAUUCACAGUCGCAAUGCAUUUUAACAAGACUUGCAAAUAAUGCUACGUUUCAAAACGCCAAGUCAAUUGCUGUAUUUAUGAAUAUGCCCGAUCUGGAAGUAAAGACCCUUCCGAUUAUAGAGCAGUGUUUCAAAUUGAACAAGCUGGUGUACUUGCCAAGAUGUAAUACAGUGCCCCUUAAACACCGGAAACCAAACUAUUUAUCUAUGCUCAAGGUUGAAACAUACAACGAUAUCUUGCAAUUACAGCCACAGGGCAAAUACCAGCUUCUCGAACCAACUUCAGGAGAAGAUGCAUUAGAGUCGGGGGAUUUGGAUCUCAUAUUACUACCCGGAGUAGCUUUUUCAGCUACACUCCAGCGCUUAGGACACGGAGCUGGCUUUUAUGACGAGUUCUUGGACACAUACAAACAAAAAUGGUCAAAGUUGCCGGCCUUAAUAGGACUUUCGCUACAGGAGCAAAUUGUGCCCGAGGAUAGCCUACCGGUAGAGGACCAUGACUAUGGACUUGAUCAAAUAGUAACUAGUUCACUGACAUACCCAUCAUUGCAUCAAAUAUAA